UGUCUGUGACCUUACUGGCAGCCAGAUUCAAGUUACACUGCCUCCCAUGCUGACAAACUCCAAAUGCCAUUUUGCACUUUUAGAAUUGAAAAGGAGCAUGUGUUAUUUUCCAGGCCCCUCCACCCACGAUGUACUUUUAGUACAGAACAGAUAACUAAAGUUGAGUCCUCCUGGAGUGUUACUGGGAAGGAGGUUUACUCCCAAUGCCGGAUGUCUUGUUUGCUUUUCAUGCUUAGAGGUCUUAAAUGUGUCUGUGUCCUUGGCCGUCAAUGACGUGGCUUAUGGUAUAAAGCGUUUUAACUUCCUUUAUCUAUGGGUGGUUUCAGACAGACUUAGCCAGUGUGUGGUGAUAUAAAUCUCUUGGCUUCAGUGCUAGCUGCUAAAGCUCACAUGUUCAGUAAGAGGACAGGCAGAACCACAAGUUCAUGUUGUACAAGGAAUCAUAGAGACAGAAUGGACACGUACCUUGGAGAUACCAUGACCUGCUUGCAGAAGGGAUACCAUGUGCUCUCAGCUGAAGUUUGUUCCAUGGGAAACAGCACCAGCCGGCUGUACAGUGCCCUAGCCAAGACACUCCGCAGCAACCCUGCUGUAUCCCAGCACCAGGAGUACCUGCAGCAGUCCGAUCAUGACCAGCUGGAUCCCAAGGAUCUUCUGGAGGAGUGCCAAGUGGCCCUGCAGGACAGGCCUCCCAGGCUCCAUAGAGAGUUUGUCGUCUUGAGUGAUGACUCUAGGAACCAAUCAUUCAGAGUUAUGCAGUGGAAUAUCCUGGCUCAAGCUCUCGGAGAAGGCAAAGAUAAUUUUAUUAAGUGUCCUAUGGAGGCCUUGAAGUGGGAGGAAAGGAAGUACCUGAUCUUGGAAGAAAUCUUGAGCUAUCGCCCUGAUGUAUUGUGUCUGCAGGAAGUAGAUCACUUUUUCGACACCUUCCAACCAAUCCUUAGCCGAUUAGGUUAUCAGUGCACUUUCUUGGCCAAGCCCUGGUCUCCUUGUCUAGACGUUGAACACAAUAAUGGGCCAGAUGGCUGUGCCUUGUUUUAUCUGCAGGACCGCUUCCAGCAAGUCAGCAGCGCCAAAAUUAGGCUUUCUGCCCGGACUCUAAAAACAAAUCAGGUGGCCAUUGCAGAGACUUUGAGAUGCAACGAUACUGGGAAGUUGCUAUGUUUUGCUGUCACCCAUCUGAAGGCUCGAUCUGGGUGGGAACGGUUCAGGUUGGCCCAAGGCUCUGACCUAUUGCGCAACCUGGAGUCAAUUACCCAAGGGUCCACAAUACCUUUGAUCAUCUGUGGAGAUUUUAAUGCAGAGCCUACUGAGGAAGUGUACAAGCGGUUUGCCUCCUCCGGCCUAAACCUCAACAGCGCCUACAAGGUUUUAAGCGAAGAUGGAGAAUCCGAGCCACCUUACACCACAUGGAAGAUCCGUCCCAGUGGCGAGUGUUGCAACACUCUAGAUUAUAUCUGGUACUCCCAUCAUGCUCUAAAAGUGAACUCUGCUCUAAGCCUGCUCACAGAAGAACAGAUUGGGCCUAACAGGCUUCCUUCAUUUAAUUACCCUUCAGAUCACCUGUCACUGGUCUGUGACUUCAGCUUCAACGAAGAACCCAACAGGCUCUUAUAAGAAAAAUGGGUGAAGUUCCACUAGGUUUUUUACUGUGACUGUGAUGUUUAAACUGAUGUGAGGUGAAUGUGUAUGAAAUGUAAAUUUAUGAUUUCA